CGCACUCAGGACCUCCAGCUCCAGAGCCAAGAAGGGAAAAAACAAUUGUUUACUAAACAUCUUCGCAGAAUCACUCAGGGGGCAGAAACGAUGUACGAGUACUUGAGUAACAACUGUACAUGCACAUACGUCUUGGGUGCCUUCGUGCUGCUGUGGGUUCUGGUGUGGUUCUACCGGGACAACCUAGAGAUCACCAAGGUCUCGGAGAAACACGUUUUUGUGACAGGUUGCGACUCUGGGUUCGGACACCUACUGUGCAAACGCCUGGACAAACGUGGUUUCCGUGUCCUAGCCGGGUGUCUCACGGAAAAAGGAGCAGAUGAUCUGAAGAGGGCGACGGGACCUUUCCUGAAGACCUGCAUCUUGGACGUGACCAGCACAGCCAGCAUUCAGAAGGCUUUGGAAUGGACCAAAAAAGAAGUUUUAAAAUGUGCCUUGAAAAUGCAUCACCAGUUUGUGCCCGUUGGUCAUCUAAUGUAG